CUUGUUGAAAACCUGUGCGGAUCAUCAUGUUCAAUCUCGGUCCUUUGCUCACGAGCUCUUCAAAUUGCCAGGUUCAAGUACAGAAGACCCUAAUCGAGGUCCUUUACUCGAUGACGUUCCAAAUCUGGAAUCGUGGCGUCUCAAAAUAGAGCGCCUGUCAAGAGAGCGAGAGUAUUUGAGCAACGAGAAAGAAAUGUUGCAACGCAAGAUAGACGAGUUGCAGUCCUCUCUUACCACGCAACAAUCGCGGUAUACGGCAAUUCAAGCUCAACUGCGAAAUUUGGAGCGUGAACGUGAUAAUCAUGCAACACAAAUCACUCACCUGCAAAGUCGGUGUACAAGGGCCCAGAAAGUGGCGGCGCACUUGGAGAGACAGUAUCGGGAGGCAAGACCAAAUGUUAAGAUCGACUAUCUGAUGAUUUCGGGCAACCAUGGAGGCGGACCAACCGGAGUAGAUAGUGAGCCAAGCACUCAGCUCUUGGCAGCACUGUUACCCAGGGACUGAUAUACUAGUUUGCCGCUCUUCAUCCGGAACACUUUCGUGAACGAUUAUAAUCACACCGCAUGUACAUAGUACUCCCGCGGCUAUCAAGCGCUGUAGACCGUAUUAGCAGGCGUUCGCCAGCAGGGCGGUUCAAAAUCAGGUGCGAGGUACUUGCUGAGCACAAUGAAGACUACGUAAUGAUGUGACGACGUGCACAUCCAUGCGUGUUGUAAGCAGUAAAGCAUUAUUUAAGGCAGGAUCAUUUUGAAAGUCUCGGUGGCCAAGUCCUUGGAUACCGUUACCCUUUAGGCAUUGACGGUAGAGUUAGGUUACCACAUCCAUGGAGACACCUGGCUCCAUGUGUUGAGAGAGGUUCCCAUCUUGUAAAGAAAUGCAACGUACUCCUUC